GAUGCGUGACUGGGCCGUCAGAGUAUCCUAGGACCACCAGAGACGUGCAGAGACGUGAAGGAAUGCGGAUUAUCACCAUUGUACCUUGGGUCAUCUAGUUGCAAUGGUGUGCCCGCAAAUAUAUGUGCCUGUGCAUGUUGUUGCCACCCAUCAUUCUCCCGUCUCCCACGAGUUCCCAUCCACUCGCUUCGUCUUCACACCUUGCGCUCCUCCUCAUCGCUCACAAUGGAUCAGCAAGCUCCACCUUCACCAACCUUCUCGGUUAUCUCCAUACCCUCCCCGCCCUCAGAUGACGAUCACUGGGAACUCAUCUCUGAUUCUGAAGCUCCCGGAGCGCCCAGUGGCGAAUAUCCUGACUCUGCGCGCGCAACUCACCGUGAACUUCGUCCUCUCUUGCCCGAGAGCACCGAGUCAUUCGCCGAGGUCAAGCUCGAGGAGGCCUUCAAGCUCACGAAAGCCACCAAGGCAACAGAGACGCCGCUGGAGUUCACCGAGCCCGGCGAUUUCGUCGAGCCCAUAACUCACGAGGACGAUGAUCCCGAGCUCGUUGAAACCUCCUCUGUCGCCGUGCUCGCGCCGCCGGUUGACGCUGCCAAGUCGUCUGCCUCUCCCGCGUCCGCCCUGAGCCCCGUACCUUCUGCACUCAUUCUCUCAGAGUUCACAGACCUCGGUCCCAAAUCGCCACCUCCCUACCCUGGGCCAAGCACUGGCGCGUCAGUGCUCGAUCACCCUAAAGCUCGUCACGAUGUAGAGGAGUAUGACUUUUGCAAUCGGGGAAGCUAUGCCGCUGCAGCAUCCGCGGCGUAUGCCACCGCAGCCUGUCUCGAAACUUGCCCUCCUCCGCCGCGGCGCACACCGUCCGCCUCACCCGAGACCGCCGGCCCUCCUCCUCCUCCUCCUCCUACUUUCGGGCCGCCACCUCUUCGAAGCUCUUCAUGUUCCAAUUCCCUCGACCGCUCGCGCAGCUUCCAGGACUCGGGCGUAGGCGGCUUGGACCAUAGACGCCCCUCGGACGACCAUGAACUCAUGCGGCCGUGGGAGAGGGCAUACAGCAGCAACCCUCGGUGGUUAUUCGGAAGCCCUUUAGAUCACAUCGGCCCCGUGCGCGUCACAUUUACGCAGACCGCGCACUGCCAUGGCGCUCCCGACCGCACAGAUAACCGCAUGUGCACAACCCCGUCCACUGUGUGCAGUCGCAGACGCGACCAGCUCAAUGGCCGGCAGCACGAACCCGACCCACUCACGUGGUUCGAAGACCACCUUGCAUGUCCUAUUGUUUCCGAUGAGGAGCAACUGCCAUGCCGGGACUCCUGCAUUCCAAUGUCAGUGGCGCUGGCAGUAGGCGACAAUGUCCGGCUUCCAGCGUUUGUGCAGUCGCGCGUGACGCAUGACCUCCGGCCAAUUCUCGAGGAAAUGUGGUCCGAUUCCCUGCGUACAGCCCUAGCCUGCGACGAGGACGACAGUGUUCUGGCGACAGUACUUCUUCGCGACGAAGCGUGGACGUCCAUUGGGCCACGCCUAGAUAUGGAGCGCGUUCGCGAGACAUUGAGUGCGAUGUUGGGAGCCCUGCGUGCGGAGGCCGCCGACGAUCAAGGCUGUUGACAGGUGCGUGCUGUGCGAAACUGAAAAGGAAAAAAACCGCGUAUGAGUGAGUCAUCAGGCCAGAAAUGUAGGAGGUAUCAUAAUAUAACGUGUGAACCAACCACGUCUGCGUCACACGUCUUAGGAACUGCGAAAGGCAUCAAACCAUAUGAACAGUGUCC